CCAAAACAACAAAAAGAAAACGAAGGAUUUAUCGCCUUUUUAUUAAUGAUCAUCAGGGAAAUAUAAUCCUGUCGUCGUGUUUUGUUUUCGUUCUCGACAAUAGUUGCUGUGAUCGUGCCUGCAAAAGACAAUGGAAGAAGAAACAAGAAGUGCUUCGGAGCUGAGUACAGAUGAAGAUGAAGUAGAGCCAAAGUUCAAAUAUUGUCGCAUGAUGAACCAUUUGCAGAAGAUCGUCAGUGAAGAUGCCAUAAGUUGUAUAAAUGUCGCGUCGAGAUUUAUGUGUAUUGGAACAUUAUGGGGCAGAAUAUACUUGUUGGAUCAUCAAGGCAACGAAGUAGAAACAAGUACAUCCUUUCCGAAUCACAUGAUCUCCAUAAACAGCAUUUCCGUCGAUAGCAAGGGUGAAUUUAUCGCUUCGUGCUCCGACGAUGGCAUGAUUCACAUAAAUGGAUUGUACACAAACGACUCAAAUCAACAUUUGAAUCUCGGAGUAGCGAUAAAAUAUGUCGAACUUGAUCCUUUUCAUUACAAAGCAGGGAGCGGGCGAAGAUUCAUAUUGGGCGACAAACAUCUAACGUUGUUCGAAAAGUCAUUUUUAAAAAGUCUCAAAAGUACAGUUUUGAGUGAAAGCGAAGGCGAUGUAGCUGCCAUUAAAUGGAAUAAUAACUUCGUUGCAUGGGCAAGUAGCAAUCUCGGCGUACGUGUUUACGACUUGAACGAAAGAUGUUCUUUGGGACUUUUGAAAUGGGAAGAACCAACAAAGGGAACACUCUCGAAUUAUCGAUGUAACUUACGAUGGUGCAAUUCUACGACGUUACUCAUUGGAUGGGUUGAUACGAUACGGAUUUGUUUCAUUCGAAAACGCAAUUCUGUGGAAGUUUCGACACGAAAUGUGCCUGGAUUUAUAGUUGAUCCAAUUUCAUCUUUCAAGACUGAUUUUAUCGUUUGCGGACUCGCGCCAAUGGAAUCUUUGGGAUCACAUCAACUCGUCGUUUUGGGAUACACGAAGAAACAACCGGGAGAAAAAGCAAGUCGACCUGUUUUGUGUGCCCUCGAAUACAAGUCGAAUGAUUAUACGGAAAUCUGUAUUGACACACUUUCCAUCAAAGGAUACGAAAAUUACUCUCAUAUGGAUUACCAUUUGGAUUAUCUGGAAGAAGAGAAUCAGUAUUUCAUUGUGAGUCCAAAGGAUAUCGUUGUUGCGAGUCUUUACGAAGCUGAUGAUCGAGUACAAUGGCUCAUUGAACAUGGAAAAUUUGAAGAAGCAAUGCAAGUGAUAACACAAUACGGCGGAAAAUAUACAACAACGAGCGUUGCACGUCUUUAUUUGGAUCAUUUAUUGUCACAACAGAAGUUUGAUGAAGCGGCAAAGCUCUGUCUUCGAACAUUCGGAAACGACAAAAAGUUAUGGGAAGAAGAAGUUUUCAAAUUCGUCAAAGUAAAACAACUUCGAGCUGUUAGUGCAUUCCUUCCGCGCACAAAUGACUGCAAAUUAUCGCCGCACGUUUACGAGAUGGUUUUGUACGAAUAUCUUCAGUUAGAUCCUGUUGGCUUUUUGAACAUCCUGAAAGAAUGGCAAUCAAGUUUAUAUAAUUCUGCUGCAGUCAUUAACGCUAUUCACGAUCAUUUUGAUCGAAAGUAUCAGAAUAUCUUGUUAGAGGCAUUGGCAAUAUUGUAUUCGCAUGAAAAGGAAUACGAUAAAGCAGUUGCAAUGUAUUUAAAGCUUCAACACAAAGACGUAUUUGAAUUAAUUCGAAAACACGACUUAUACGGUGUCAUUAAAAAUAUGAUCCUUAAGUUGAUACAAUUAGAUAGUGAUAAAGCCAUUACCUUAUUUCUCGAAAGAGACAAAAUUCCGCCUGAAAUCGUCGUUGAACAGCUUGAACAAAGUCCUGAGUAUUUAUACAUGUUUCUUGAUGCUUUUGACAAAGUUGAUUCAUCCGGAAAAUUUCAUUGGAAAAUGGUUGGAUUAUAUGCCAAAUUCGCUCCUGACAAAUUACUGCCAUUCCUGAAACGCUCAAAUAGUUAUCCGAUACAACAGGCAUACGAUAUUUGCAAAGCGAGAUCUUUUUAUCCUGAAAUGGUUUAUCUGCUUGGGCGUAUGGGAAGUACAAAAGAAGCGUUAACAAUCAUUUUGCAUAAAUUGAACGAUAUAAAUUUUGCGAUAGAAUUUUGUAAAGAACACAACGAUAUCGAUCUAUGGACAGAUCUCAUUGACACUUCAAUCGAUGAUCCGGAGCGUAUGACGAUUUUACUUGACAAUAUUGUAGGUUACGUGAAUCCCAUUUUGCUUGUGAAUAAAAUAAAAGAAGGCAAACAUUUGCCUGGAUUGAAAUCCGCCUUAAUUAAAAUGUUGUCGCAAUAUAAUUUGCAAGUUUCCGUUCAAGAAGGCUGUAACAAAAUUCUUGUCACAGAUUACUUCAAUUUGCACGAAAGAACUGUUAAAUUACAACAACAAGCCAUUUAUGUCAGUAUGGACAACUCGUGUCGUCUUUGUGGGCGUGAUAUUAUCAGCAAAGAUUUUGUUCGAGGUGAUAUUGUCGUAUUCAAUUGUCGACAUUUUGUGCAUGAAACUUGUAUGCCUUCUAAAAUGGAUGAAUAUGAUCAUUGUAUUGUAUGCAAAUCCGAAAGGAAUUCGACAAUGAAAGCAGGACUUAAGCAGUAACGAUAGUUCCAAAAAUAACUGAAAUUUACAAAUACCUAUAUUUAUAAGCUGAAUUUAUUAAACGAAUUAUGCGUCGUAUUUUUUAAAUAUUUUUUGCAGAGUUGUUCGUUAUUUUUAUGAAAACGAUUAUUAGUUAAGUAAUA